GGCAGCCUGGGGAUCCCAGUUCCUGCCGCACGCUGGCCGGGUCUCGGCGCUGCCCUCCUGGACAGCCGCUGCCAGCACCGGGUGUGCUGCCGAAGCCCCAGGGCCCGCCUCCUCGUGGCCUGGCGGCGAUGGCGCCCCGCCCUGGAGCCCGUCGGGCAGGAGCCGGGCGGCCCCGCAGGGCCCUGGCGGCGCGGCUCGGGCCCGCUCUGUGCCUCUUGGCCGCGGGGCGCGCGUCGCAGCGCGCCGCGGCGCGUGCCUUCGUGCCCGCGCCGUCGGCCGGGCCCGCAGGCGCGCCGCCCCGGCCGCUCCUCCCGCUGGGGCCCGCCGUUGGCCUGGCGGUGCCGUCGUCGCUGCUGGCGGUCGCGGGGGGCGCCGGCGGCGCCCACGCGCAGGCGGCGGCCGCCGUGGCCGCAGACGCGUCCGCCGUGGCCGGGGCCAUCAACCCAACGGACGCCGUCGUCCAGGCGUUCCUUUUGACCUUCGUGUCCGAGAUCGGGGACAAGACAUUCUUCAUCGCUGCCAUCCUGGCCGCGGGCGGCAACCAGGACGAAUCAGGCGGCCGCAAGGUGCUCACCUUCUUCGGAGCAAUCGCCGCGCUGGCCGUCAUGACCUUCCUAGCGGUCGCCAUCGGCCAGGUCUUCCACGCGGUGCCCGAGCUCGCAGGUGGGCUCCCCAUCGAUGACAUUGCGUCUGUGUUGGCCUUCGGCUUCUUUGGCGUGAAACUGCUCCUGGACGCUUCGAGCAUGGAGGACACGUCGUCCAUGCUAGACGAGAAGGAAGAGGCCGAGGAGGCCGUGAAGGAGUCGCUCCCGGGUUGGAUGUCCGGCGGCGCCGUGUCUGCGGUGCUCCCCCCGCUGGUACUGCAGGCUUUCGUCCUCGUUUUCGCGGCGGAGAUCGGUGACCGUUCCUUCAUCUCCGCCGCCGCCCUCAGCGCCCAGGGAGGCUACGACGGGGCAGCCGCGGUGUUCACGGGCGGCAUCACCGCCCACGCCAUCGCCACCGCCCUCGCCGUGCUGUUGGGCGAGCUGAUCAGCAAGUACGUGACGGAGAAGCAGCUCGCCUACAUCGGCGGAACCUUGUUCCUCAUCUUUGCGGGCACGUCUGCCAAGAGCCUCCUGGACGGGCUGGGGCUUUGCGGCCCGCCGUCGCCGCGCGUGCUGCAGCGAGGCUCGGACUGGCUGCUGCUGGACAAGCCUCCCAGGAAGUUUGCGCCCCUUCAACAAGCUGGAGACGGUGAGGGCUACGCUUCUAGGGUGGAACCCGACGCCAGCGGCGUCGCUUUCUUGGCGGCUUCGGACGCCACCGCGGCGCAGGCCGCCGAGGCGUGGAGGUCGCGGGAGGUCGUGCAGGUCUUCACCGCCUUGUUGCGCGGGCGCCUGCCCUUGCGCGAGCCCAUCGGCUGCCACCGCCGCCUCUGCAGGCCGUCGGAGGCGUCGUCCGCGUACAGGCUGGCAGGCAGCCGGCGGGAGGGACGCGAGGCCUGCACCCUGGUCCGCGGGCUCCGGCACGGGCUGUUCGGCGGGGAGCCGUGCACGCUGGCCGAGCUGCGGCCCGUGACGGCCUGCCCCCAGCAGCUGAGGCUACAUUGCGUCGCCGUGGGCCACCCCGUCGUAGGCGACACGCUGCACGACGCAGACAGGCGCCUCGACUGGCGGUUCGACGGGCCGCUGGAGGCGCCCAGGCUCAUGCUGCACAGCCGGCUGCUCCGCAUGCCCCUCGGGGGCCGCCGCUGGGCGGAGGGCCUCUCCGAGGACCCCUUGGGGGAUUUUCUCCUGGACUGCGGGGACGAGCGUGGAAGCGACGAGACGUGCCGGAGCACCCUGGCGGACGCCGACCUGCCGGCGUGGCUGCUGGGCAGGCGGCGCGGAGAGCCCGAUGCUUGGGGCCUGUUCGCUGGCGGCGUCGGCGAGCAGGUUGUCGACGACACGCACUGGGACCUGUCGGAUCGGCCCCGGCGGGCUUUCGGCCCACCGUACGGCCCGCCAGAGUGGGACGACCGCGCGAGACGCAGGCCGAGAGGCACCACACCGACAUGA